CUCUCUCUCUCGCUCUCUCUCUCUCUCUCUCUCUCCCCCUCCCAGCGCGACUGCCUGACCUGCUCCCUGCUGGCUGGCAUUGGGGAAUCCGCGACCCUGGUCGUUGAGGAUGGAGACCGACAAGAUUCGCCGCGGAGUCUUUGAGAAUGGCAGACUUCGAGUAGCGGACUAGUAGUCGUGGAGAAGCAGCGGAUCUUGGUGACGCGUGCGCCCUCCUUCCCUGACGGUCAAUCUUGCGGUGCGGUCUCCCCCAGGCACGGCGGCGGACUUCCUCAGGUACCUUCCCCCGGCUUCAACGCCCGCCGGUUUCGUCUGACCGGGGAGCAUUGCUUCGUGAGCACACUCGGCACUAGAACACACCACGCAUCCCAAAAUUGACCAGCUUUUACCUUGGAUGGAUGGACACGCGUGGGCGGCCGGCGCGCAGGAACCACUUCUUCGGCGUUGCUUUCGAGUGACGUCAGAUGUGUGAAGCUGCCCAACCGCUUUGUUCGCGGAGGGCAUUCAUGGGGAUGUGACGGUUGCCGGGGCUGUGCCGUCCAGGAAACUGAAAGUCGCCAGCUUCCGUCCUAAGAGAUAGGCAGGAUCCUGGAGGUCUGCUGAGCUGCGGAUUCCGAUCCGUCUGGCAGCUUUCCCGCUGAUUCUUCCUGCUCUGGUUUACCUCCUGCAUCCGAUACAGAGGUAUAUUCAUCCGCGCCAUGGGUUGCAGCUAUGUUUUUGCGCAUAUUCAGCCUACCUGAAGUCAUAUUCGGUGUUCUAACACGCUCAUUUUUCACAUACACAACAGAUGCUGUAAUUCUUUAACAAACAUCUUCGAGUUGAUCAUCCAAUGCCCUGGCAACUUGCAUAGCAUCGUAAAUGGCUCAGAACACCUCCGAAGAUGACAUAGAAAAUGUGCCAGAUUCAGAUCCAAAUUCACCAAUUCUGACUGGAUAUCGUGCAUCGGUUCCUAUUCUUGAUGAUGGACUACUGCAAGGGACAGCCUGUCAGGAACGACGGCUUCUUGAUUUCCUGAAGGCCACUCCCUCUGUGCAAUGGAUAAAGAAGAUCAAUCUUUGUUCGCCAUUGAUAAAAUUUCGGCUGGCAUCCUCUAGCGUCCGUGGUAACCUUCAGGUUCACUUCAUCAGAACAAUCAACUGGGGUUCAGUUUUCACUACAUGCAAGAAAUGGCUCAAGCAUCCCAUGAACAUUGCUCUCCUAAUAUGGCUGCUCUGUGUGGGUGCUGCUGGUGCCAUGUUAAUCUUGCUUCUAUUAGGACUUCUGAAUGAUGCAUUCCCUUCCAAGUCCUUAAGAAAUCAAUGGAUAGAGAUUGAUAAUCAAAUCCUUAACGCCCUGUUCACCCUCUUGAGCAUAUACGAGCACCCAAAAUUAAUCCACCAUACUGUUCUCCUCUACUGGUGGCAGCCAAAGGAUGCAGCCGAGCUAAGGAAAUAUUAUUGCAAGAAUGUGGCAUGCCGUCCCAAUGAGCGAGCACACAUAUCCUUUGUGGUGGUUCUCCUCCACAUCACUUGCAUCUCCCAGUAUGCCGACUGUGGCCUCUACUGGGCCUACUCCAGCAAAUCGCGUUCUGAGUUUGCUGACAACUUCUUCUUCAUCCUAGGCAUUGCUGCACCGGUCCUUGCUGGAGUUUACACAGUGUACAGCCCUCUUGGCAGGGACUAUGAUCCCGUGUCUGAUGAAGAAACCAAACAACUGGACCCAGUUCUAGUCGAGUCAUCAGAAACAAGAACAGUGGUGAGCAACCCCGCGUGGGCGGGUGGGCUGUUUGAUUGCAGUGAGGAUCCCACAGCUUGCUACCUCUCUUUCUUCUUCACAUUCUGUGUGUUCGGUUGGAACAUGGAGCGACUUGGGUUUGGCAACAUGUAUGUGCACACAUUCACGUUCCUGCUGCUGUGUGCCACGCCAUUCUGGUUGUUCAACAUCACAGCAAUGAACAUCCACAGCUAUAUCCUUGGUGAUUUCAUCGGUGCUGCGGGGAUUAUCCUGUGUUUCUUUGGCCUGCUAUAUGGGGGUUUCUGGAGGAUCCAAAUGAGGAAGACAUUUGGGCUGCCCAGAAGCAGGUGGUUCUGUGGAUCAGCAUCAUUGACAGACUAUGUGCAGUGGCUGUUCUGCUGGCCAUACUCUCUUGCGCAGGAGGUCCGCACGGGGAACCUGUAUGAUGCAAAGGAUGGGAACUUCUAUGAGAAAUUGAUGGACGGUGGUGCUGUGGAGAGCGGAUCAGGAUUGAUAGUUGUGACAGAAUUACCCGUCUCUAUUGGAGUAGAAGAGGAGAAUAGUAUCAAUGUCAAACUCGUGGCAGAUGGUGAAAUGAUUCCACCCACCCAACCAGUAAUAGAAUGUGGGGAGAGGGAAGGAACUGAUUCAGAAGUUGUGGCAAUUGUAGCAUCCAGCUCAAAAGCUAACCCACUGAUAAAGGAUGACUUGAGUUAUGGUGUUCAGAAGUAGCCAAGUCAUUCUUCUUCUUCUUUGAUUGACACCACCUUUUUCAGCACUAUGCUCUUCUGUUGUCAAUUCCUGUUUAGUUUACCAUUUAGCUCAUUUAUGUUAAAAGGUAAAUGGAAUGAAUGGGCAAUGAUCUCAGGAAGUACAGUGGUAAAUAGAUGUAAAAAUGUUUUGAUGUCAAUAUUUCAUGUUUAUAAUAUUAACAGAGGAAAUGUAAUGUUUGACCGCGAUUUCAA